UGGUGUGACAUAACACUUUUCCAAAAUCUCUAUGAUGUAGGGAUUCCCACUUGAGAAGAGGAAAUAAACAUAUUGGCGCGCCUGGAGUGAGAAAACUGAAGCUUAAACCUCAGCUCACCCUGUAAAUCAUGGGAGAAGAAGUCGAUGUGGAAGAAGAACAAAACCCUAAUUUGAUUAAUGAAGAAAGCAUAGAAACUACUACAACAACUGAAGAUAAUGCAUUCACUUGGCCAGUGCUUAGAUUCGAUGUUCUUCCCUAUAAGACUUAUCAAUUCCACAAACAGUUCACCAAAAGCUCAAACCCUAACAAUUUUCUCAAAGGGGUUAAAUGGUCUCCUGAUGGUUCUUGCUUCCUUACUAGCUCUGAUGAUAACACACUUCGCAAAUUUGAUCUGCCGGAUAAUGUUGAUAGCACUCAAGAAGAUACCGCUAAUGAAGAUUCUUAUCUAGCAAACCUUGUUCUGAAUGAGGGAGAAUCUGUGUAUGAUUAUUGUUGGUACCCAUACAUGUCCGCUCCAGACCCAACUACCUGUGUAUUUGCUACUACCACUCGUGAUCAUCCUAUUCAUCUGUGGGACGCAACUUCUGGUCAGCUGCGUUGCACGUACCGGGCUUAUGAUGCUAUGGACGAAAUAACUGCUGCCUUCUCAGUUGCUUUCAACAACUCCGGAACAAAGGUUUAUGGUGGAUACAAUAAGUCUAUAAGGGUAUUUGAUCUGCAUCGUCCUGGGCGAGAUUUUGAUCAAUAUUCAACUACUCGGGGCAAAAAAGAAGGGCAGUCAGGUAUUAUAUCUGCCAUUUCCUUUUGUCCUACACAUUCUGGAAUGCUUGCAACUGGUUCUUAUAAUCAGACUACCGCGAUCUAUUCAGAAGAUAAUAUGGAGCUGUUGUAUGUUUUACAUGGCCAAGAAGGUGGUGUUACUCAUGUACAGUUCUCAAAAGAUGGAAAUUAUCUAUACACGGGUGCUCGAAAGGAUCCUUACAUACUUUGCUGGGACAUACGGAAAACUGCCGGCAUUGUUUACAAGUUGUACAGAUCUUCAGAUUCUACAAAUCAGCGGAUAUUUUUUGAUAUUGAACCUUCUGGACGACAUCUUGGUACUGGCGGUCAGGAUGGCCAAGUUCACAUUUAUGACCUUCAGACAGGGCAGUGGGUAUCAAGCUUUCAAGCUGCGUCUGAUACCGUUAAUGGUUUUUCUUUCCAUCCAUUUCACCCGAUGGCUGCCACGACAUCUGGUCACCGGAGAUUUGGCACACUUGAUGAAUGCGAUGACCACUAUAACUUGAGCUGUGAGGAAAACUGCGCUUCUGUUUGGAGUUUCUAUUCUAUGUCAGACGCAGCUAACUUUGACUAUGGAGAUUCAAACAUGGAAACUGAACCUGAAAACAUCCAACAAGAUACUUGAGUUACAAUAGGCCGAAUCAGUAAUGUGUAUAUUGUUGUGCUCUAUUUUGUUUGUGAGCUACUUGGCUUAUUUAUUUAUUUUGACUCAAAGGGCAAUGCAGAAAAGUAACAUUCCCACCAAGAUGGUGAGAAGCUACAAGUUACAAAGAGUGCUCAUGAAGGAGACACAAUACCAGAACUUGCUGUAAAAACAAGCAAAAUAGAAAAAAAUAAAAACACUACAAUGGACCAAUCUACUUGGCUUA